GAAUUGAUUGGCUCUUGUGUGCUGUCAGUGGGUGUAUGUGUUUUUUUUUCCUCUUUUUUUUUUGCUACAGGAAGUGAUUUGCAGUGCUCACCGAGCCUUUGUUGAGAAGGGUCUCCUCUCGGCGUGAGUCAUGCUUCUGCUGUGAGCAGCCCCGAGCAGCUGGGCGCUCAUCGGAGGAAGCUAUGACUUUUGCAAAGCUCACGCGCCGCCCUCAGCAGCCGAGCCCGGGCCCGGGGCUGCGCGGCCGCGGCGGCGCAGGCUGUUAGCGGUGGGCGGCCGGCGCCGCUGCCCCCCACCCGCCGGCUGUCCCGGCGCCGAGUCCCGCCCGGGACCGCGGCUCCUGCUAUGCGCGGCAGCCCGCGCCGGGGCCGGCACCUGCAGCGCCCGGGCGGAUGCGGCGAGCCCACGGAGGGGCAUGCUUCCACGCACCAAGUACAACCGCUUCAGGAAUGACUCGGUGACAUCGGUCGAUGACCUUCUGCACAGCCUGUCGGUGAGCGGCGGCGGCAAGGUCUCGGCGGCGCGCGCGGCCCCGGCGGCGGCCCCGUACCUGGUGUCCGGAGACGCGCUGCGCAGGGCGCCCGACGAUGGCCCGGGCAGCCUGGGCCACCUGCUCCACAAGGUGUCCCACCUGAAACUCUCCAGCUCGGGCCUCCGCGGCCUUUCGGCGGCCAGGGAGCGGGCAGGCGCGCGGCUUUCGGGCAGCUGCAGCGCGCCCAGCCUGGCCGCCCCGGACGGCAGCGCGCCCCCCGGGCCCCGCGCCCCGGCCAUGCGCGCCGCCAGGAAGGGCCGGCCUGGCGACGAGCCGCCGCCCCGUGCCCCGCACGCCAGCGACCAGGUGCUGGGAGCCGGAGUCACCUACGUCGUCAAGUACUUGGGGUGCAUUGAAGUUCUACGCUCCAUGAGGUCUCUUGACUUCAGCACAAGAACGCAAAUUACCAGGGAAGCCAUCAGCCGCGUCUGCGAAGCCAUCCCUGGCACCAAGGGAGCCUUCAGGAAGAGAAAGCCUCCGAGCAAAAUGCUGUCCAGCAUCCUGGGCAAGAGCAACCUCCAGUUUGCGGGGAUGAGCAUCUCCCUGACCAUCUCCACCGCCAGCCUGAACCUGCGGACACCCGACUCGAAGCAGAUUAUAGCGAACCAUCACAUGCAGUCCAUCUCCUUUGCCUCCGGGGGAGACCCGGACACAACAGACUACGUCGCAUACGUAGCUAAGGACCCUGUGAAUCGCAGAGCUUGUCACAUUCUGGAAUGCUGUGACGGGCUGGCCCAGGACGUCAUCGGCUCCAUCGGACAAGCCUUUGAGCUCCGGUUUAAGCAAUAUUUGCAGUGUCCUUCCAAGAUCCCCGCUCUCCAUGACCGAAUGCAGAGUCUGGAUGAGCCCUGGAAUGAAGAGGAGAGUGAUGGCUCAGACCGCCCAUACUACAACAGCAUUCCAAGCAAGACACCUCCUCCAGGGGGCUUUGUUGAUGCUCGACUCAAAGCCAGAUCCCACGCCCCUGACACAGCCCAGUUUGCAGGAAAAGAGCAAACUUAUUACCAGGGGAGACACCUAGGAGACCCGUUUGGCGAAGACUGGCAGCAAACACCUGUCAGGCAAGGGUCCUUGGACGUCUACAGCGUGCCAGAAGGGAAAACGCACGCGGCCUCUAUGGGAGAAGCCCCCGCCUACGUGAACACCCCGCACGUCCCGCCACAGACCGGCCCGGCCAUGGACAGCAGUGCAGAGAGCAGCCCAAGGAAAGACCUCUUUGACAUGAAACCUUUUGAAGAUGCUCUCAAGAACCAGUCCUUGGGGCCUGUGUUGAGCAAGGCGGCCUCGGUCGAGUGCCUCAGCCCCGUCUCCCCCAGGGCCCCGGAUGCCAAGAUGCUGGAAGAGCUGAAAGCAGAGCCUUGGUACCAAGGAGAGAUGAGCAGGAAGGAGGCCGAGGGGCUGCUGAAGAGAGACGGAGACUUCCUGGUCAGGAAGAGCACCACUAACCCUGGCUCCUUCGUCCUCACUGGCAUGCACGACGGCCACGCCAAGCACCUGCUGCUCGUGGACCCAGAAGGCACGGUCCGGACGAAGGACAGGGUCUUCGACAGCAUCAGCCACCUCAUCCACCACCACCUGGAGAACAGCCUGCCCAUCAUCUCCGCCGGGAGCGAGCUCUGCCUGCAGCAGCCGGUGGAGAGGAACCUGUGACCCGCCAGCCGCCCUGUCCUGACCCUGCGCCCUGGUCAGGGAGACUCGGCUCUUCCUGGCAGAUGGGUGUCGGGCUCUGGAGCUCAGGCAGCUGUGUGCAGGCUCAGAGCCCUGUUCAGAAGCUCCAGGAGGAAGCCUUCUGAAAAGUGCAAGUUUCAUAAACUUUUCCGAUUUCUCAUGUGCAUAUUAAAGGUGUACAUACCUAUACAUCCUGUAUAAAUUAGCCCUCUAUAUUUAUAUUUUUUAAGACUAAGAAAGAUGUAAGAUUAAUGUUCUGUGCUAUAUGUUUUUAAUGGAAAAAAAGGUAGACUGUAGUUGUCCAGGCAAAAACUUACUUCAACUGACCCAUUCCAUGGGAAAUUCCACUGGGAAGGUGUGACCUGCAGUUUUACCCAAUAAGCACAACAUGAGGAACAGAAGCCAGCAGGAGGAUCGGUAAUAAUCACGGAAUUGUGACAGGAUGAGGUCACAAGCGCCGGUCCUCAUGGCCGCCCCUCCCUUGGGACGCGGGUGGCCUCCUCCUCGCUCCCAGGCUUCUGCCUCACACCUGUGUGCACGAGUUUCCAGCAGCAGACGGCUCGUGCAGCUGCACGAAGGAGCAGGUGUCACGCCAGCUGUUUCGGGCUGCGCUGACCACAGGCGUGCUGUCCCCCUGAGCCCUGUUGUCCAGAGGUUCUCGGGUAUUCACUGUACUGCCAAUUAUGGCACAAAAUAAGCCUUUCUGAUCAGGAUCUUGAGUGGCAAAUGCUUCCCUUGUUUUUAUCCUUGUGAUGACCAAACGAGAACGUGCACGGGGUGGUGGGGGCAGAGUCUCGGUCGUAUGUCCUUCUGGCCAACGGGCUGCUUACAGGCUGCUGUGCUAGCUGCUAGUAAAAUCGUCCCCCCUAUAGUCAGUAGAGGGAAAAGCUCGUGCACGAGGUAUGCUGAGGACAGAUGCAAACACGUGUGCUCAGGGUUUAGUCCUGGAGAUGUUCGCAUCGGCCGUUCCUCCUGGGUCUACGUUUGCCUGAAGCUGGGGCCCAGGCUCAGCAGUUGGGGGAAUGAAUUUGAGGUUCCACUUCUGGAACCACUGGUGGGUAGAGCGAGUGGUUGUCUCUACAGCAGGUAUCCCGUUGCUCCAUGGAAAGGGCAGGUGCCCCACGCAGUACUUUGUCUUGGCUCCUUCCCUUUAGAUAAAACCCUGUGAUUUCCCAUUGGGCGUUGGGUGUUGGAAAGCUGAUGAUGUUUAUGACUUUUAAGAAAUGUCUGAGUUGAGAUUACCAUGUGAUUUAACAGAGGUUGUCUGUUAAAAGAUAGAAGGAUUCAUUCAUUCAUUGGUGUCUUCCAAUGGAUGCAGCGCUGGCUCCUGUCCCAGUGAAACACCGUGGUGUGCGACACCCCUAGAUCAGUGCCACAGAAAGACGUUCCACGCACACUGAGUCGGUUAGUCAUAAAUAUGAUGCUUCGAGAAUGAGGAGCUAAGGGUAGAUUUUAAAAAUUCUGAUGAGUACUAAUUCUGCAAAGUUCUAGUGCUAAGUGUGCAAACCCCAUUUCUACUUUGUGGGUGUGUGUGGCCAGGAUGAAAGGAUGGGAUAGAGCUGAUGGGUGAUGAUGCGUCAGGACAGGUUCAAGCUUCGUAUAUAGCCUUCUGUGGAGUUUUUGCCCUUUGAGGGUCCAGCGAAUCCAAGCUGACAGGGGCUUUAGUCUUCUAGAAUGUUCUGCAGUAGAAUGAAGUUAAUCUAGACCACCCUGCCUCUUUCUGGAACGGUUCUGUCUCAGGAGCAGUGUGGAUACCCUGCUCCAAGUUACCCAGAAGCAGUGGGCACCGAACGGGGAUGCAAGGCAGAGCUGGCUCAGACUCCUGCCCUGCGACAUCGCAGACUUUGGGGUGACUGUGAGAGCACCCUAGCCCUCCAGCUUCUGGAGGCCUGCAGCCCUGCAGGCGUGCAUAAGGGUCUGACCUCUGUGAGGACACCUGGUCCUUCUCUGUGUGUGAGUGAACACACACAUAAAAAUGGAUGAAACGACUUUGCGUCCAGCAGUCUUGCAUGCCCUGCUGUGUGAGGCCAAGAUGCUGAUGUUAAGGGCAAUAGCAAAUUAGGAAAUGGGAGUUCAAAACCGUGAGCGCCUGGACGUUUGAUCUGCUUUCUUCUUCCUCUUGGGGAUGUGAGAAAUGGUAAUCUGUGGUUUUAGUAGCUCUCUGCUCUGAAGUCAUGUUUAUCUCCGUGGCGACAAGCAAUAUGUAUCAUGUUUUUUUGCAUGAUAAUCAAUUUAGAAAAUUAAAAGUAUUGGGGGAUCAAAUUUGUUUCAAUAUUAAUUCAAAAUGUGUAUUUUUGAGCUCAGAUGACAAGAUUGCUUACAGAGGAACAGUGCCGAUGGGAAAAGUCAGCAAGCAGAUCUGAGACAGAGCAGAGGGCGGCGACUUUCCAAUCCUUGUUCCCGCCGGUUUGUAAAGCGUGUUAGAGCUCACGUGAGUCAUUUCACCUCUUCCUUCCAGUGCCCUGUGGUGGGCGCUACUGUGAGCCUCACUCGCAGAUGGGGAAACUGAGGCUCAGAUCUGUGCCCCCCUUGCUCAAGGCCAUGUGGUCGGCAGGCAGCAGAGCUGUGCCCCUCUUGCAGUGUUCCUGACUUUGCUGCGCUCGGAGCUCAGGAUUCCCAGGCUGAUGCCACAGGGCUGCUCCCUGCCCUGCCUCGGUCUCUUCCCGUGGUUUCUGGGAUGGCAUCCCUGUCUGGGCAGGGCUAUGCCCUCCAGGACCUCCAGCUCCCAGGGCACAGUGGCUGUGCCCUGUGCCAGGCCACCCUGGGCCCACGGAGCACUGGGGCCUGCUGCCCCUCUCAUGGACCCCCAACUCAACCCAGGCCUCCUCCGAGGGUGCUAGGAGUGCAAGGCGGGUCCCGCAGUCUACAGUGGCCCCCCUUUCAGCGUGGCCCUGAGGACCACCACACAUGCCCCCCCUACACACCAUCCAGUGUGAAUUAGCUGUCCUUCAAAUGACACUCUCGUCCUGCUGAGAGCCCACAGGGCCCUAAGGGGCUGCUCACCGCUGGUUUCGUCAGCUUGGAUGCUUGACGACCAGGGAGCCUGGACGGCCCGUGGGCAGCCUGACAGACAACAGGCAUUCAGACAACUCCCAGUCUAAACCCUGCGCUGAAGCUUCACUCUUGGGCUUGUUGUGUUUGAGAAACCAAAGGAGCAGCUGCCCCCUUGGCCUUGGCUUGUGUUUCAUCUGGGCAACGAUUCUGUUUCAGGCCAUCUUGGGUGUUGGGGUAGCCAGACAAAAGACCAGUUGGGGCACAUGUGGUGCCCUGAGGGUCUCCCGCUGGAGGGGGGCACCACAGAUGAUUUCCAGUGAGGACCGAAAGUGACGAGCCGUGUGCGGAGAAAAAGCCCUGGCUUAGACGGAAGGGCAGACCCGGGGGAGGCGGAGUGGACGGAGCAGCAUUUGUGUGGCCCCUCAAUGGGCGCCCUCAGUGCUAGGGACACUGUCAACAUGUGUCUCCUGGCUCUGUGCCCGUCCUGGGGUCCUGAAGAUGCCCCUGACCAGUCGCCACAUGAAGGCCAGUCACACAUUUCCUCGGACAGGCUCCCUGGACAGUGCCGCAGUGGGUGGACGUCUCCGUCCAGCCUCGGCUCCAGCCCGCACAGAGCCGCCUGGCCUCGCGCUGGUUGCUGGGUUUCUCUGGGCGGUGGCUGGUGACCUGCACAUCGGGGCUGUGCGGUCCCCGUCAUGAGAGGGGGUGGGGUUGGUGAGUAUGUAUAAGUGCGAAGGACAGGCGUUUCCCAGGGCUGCACUCACAGAAGCGCCCCGGCUCUGUCUCGCCGGUGGAGUACGUACGGCUGCCAUUGACACAUGCCCGUCUGUGAGUGGUGACAGCCUGACGGGAAGUGGAAAGAAUUGUGGAAAGAUUAAAAAUAGUAACCACAGGACGCAGACAAGUCUUGGCCCUGGGUUUUAGAAUAACACUCUGGUUCUGUAGGCAAACUUUAAAAAUGGGUCCUGAGAAUCGUGAAGUGGAAAAACCGCUUUGGCAGAAUGUGAACUGUCACGGGCCCCAGAGAACAAUAAGCAAGGGAGCGGCAUGGGGUGGUGCAGCUGGAGGGACCCGUUUGCCAGUGAGGAAGCUGGAGCCAGGUGACGUCCUGGAGGGUCAGUGGCUGAAUCUAGGACAGAUUGCAGGACUUAUUAGGGUCCUUGAGGGUUUGUACAUAAAGCUCAGCCCCCGGUGGAAAAUGGCAAGUAGCACUUCCCUCUUUGGGUUUACCUUUCUCCCUCUUCUUUCUCAAAUGCAUGAAAGCGUGUCACUCACACUGACGAGGAAGUGUUUCUAGUCCUCUGUUUAGUUUGGGGUCCUCAAGAAACAGACCCCGAGAGAGGAUCUGAGUGUGUGUAGUGUCUCUGGGUGAUGACCCAGGGGUGGGGAAGGGAGAGAAGCUGACGAGGAGGGCAUGACCGGCAAGUCACCAGGAUGUGGGUAAUUCAUCGCUCUGGGGGCUGCGGGGGGAGGACUGGACACACCUCAGAGCGACCCACGGGGCGGGCAGGGCGCUGGGCAUUUACCCACCUGCCCAGCACUGGUGGAAGCUGUUUCCAGCCACAAUGUCCUGGCCAGCCCUAUGCACACCUGGGCACACUCCCUGAGCUGGGGAGUCCUCCGGCAGAGAGACGAGCCUUCACGCUAAGCAGAUGGGGUGGAAGGCAGCGUCAGAGCCAUCAGGGCGCUCCCCAGAGUCCCUGACUCAGCAGGUCUCGAGGGGGCCUGAGAAUUUGCAUUUCUAAUAAAUUGCAAGUGAUGCUGGCGGGCAGUCUAGAGUUUGAGAAGCUCCAUCAGGUGGGAGCUGCCAGCCCUUCCUGCCCUUAUUGAUGUCUUCCCCCCUAAUUUAUGAUUAUGUUUUCAGGCCACUUCAUGUCAUAGACCCCAGGAUCCAUGCUGUGAGUUUAAAAGUGGAGGAUUAAUAAGCAUUUAUAAGUCCAUGCAAUUGCUGCUGGCAGAUAAAAUGCCAUCUGCCAGCCACAAUUUAUUUAUAAUGGGGUUUAUACAUAUUUAUAAGUUUGCAAGCAACAAAUGCACAGUUUUAAAACUGGCACAUUUUAUAGCAGCCAGGAAAAUUGCAUCUUUAUACCAGGACUUGUGAAUGUCAAUUGCAUAUGUACAUACACACACGUACACAUUCCUUCACUGAUGGCGAUGCACGUGCUGCCGUCUGUACGGUACGUGUGCACACGCAGGACCGCCGGGCGAUCUGCACUCGGGACUCCUCCUGGGUAUUUUAACUAACAAGGACAAAUGAAAAGUUUGGGACUGACACGUCCUGGCAUGCACAGAUGCACAGAGGAGGGUCUGGAUGCUGCAAGACUUGGGGCCUGAGUGCAAAGGGAGCAGAAACAGGGCAGGAGGGCCACAGGGGCCACUGUGGGUAGUGACAGAGGGACACGAGGGAAGAGAAGGCAGUGGGGG